AGCAACAUAGACCUGUUACAUCUCUCGCUCUCUCUCUCUCUACUUCCUAGAAAGUCAACAAUGGCGUACGACUACCACCCAUUAAGAACUCCCAUGGAACUCAAAGUGACCAUCUCCUCUUCCAAAGACAUCAAAAACGUCAACUGGCGUCACGGCCCUCUCAAGCCUUACGCCGUCGUCUGGGUCGACCCCAAAACCAAGCUCUCUACCCCAGUUGACCACUAUGGUGAUACCUGUCCCAAUUGGGACAAAACACUUGUCAUCCCUCUCACCGUCCCGAUCGACGAAGCUACCCUCUACAUCGACAUCGUCCAAGCCGACGCCGCCGAAGACACCAAACCCCUGAUCGGUUCCGCGCGGGUCCCACUCAGGGAAAUCGUAGAUGAGGUCGGCGUUGGCGAAUCUGCUUGUCGUUCUCUCCAGCUCCGGCGACCCUCUGGACGCCCCCACGGCAAGUUAGAGGCUAAGUUCGUGGUCGUCGAUACUCGCUAUCGUGCACCGGAUCCAUACUACACACCCUCUUAUGGCGUUCCGCCUCCACCCGCUUCCGCUUCUUCUCGGGACUACUCCGCACCUUACGGUUAUCCUUAUGCCACUCCAUCGCCUUAUGCGGCGGCGCCACCACCACAGGGAGAAUAUGCUCCGGCGUACGGUCAGCAGUCGGCCUACGGUCAGCAACCGGAGUAUGGAUAUGGCGGCGGCGCUGUGGAGGAGAAGAAGAAGAGUAAGUUUGGUGGGAUGGGAAUGGGAUUGGCUGUGGGUGCGGUUGGAGGAUUGUUGGGUGGGUUAGCAUUGGCAGAGGGAGCAGAGUAUUUGGAGGAUAAGAUCGCUGAUAACGUGGCUGAGAAGGUGGAGGAUGAUUUAGGCUAUAAUAAUGAUUUUCGUGGCGGGGACGAUGAUGGUGAUGGUGGGUUUGGUGGUGAUGACUUCUAAAAUGCGCAAAGGGUGGUGGUGGUGGUGUUCUUCUUUUCUUUUUUUUUAUUUAAAUAAUCUGGGUUGUUGACAUGUUUGAUUUCUGGGUACGGAGGAUGAAUAAUCUGUCCUGCCAUAAAAGAUAGAAUUAGAAUUUGAUUGUGAUCCUUACCAAAAAAAAAAAAAAGAAUUUGAUUGUGAUCCAAGAGUUCUUGGUCGCUGGAAUA